GAAGUGACGUAGUCCGGUAAACAGAACCAGCAGCAUCGCUCUCCUGUCAACCAGCGGAUCUUCAGAAGCAGCUCCGAGUCCAGCCAUGUCUCCGUCUCUACCGGACCGAACCACCCGAACCUCCGCCGGCCUGCUGCUGCUGCUAAGCUACGUUAGCUUGGUUAGCCCGACGGAGAGCCCCACAUCCCCCCCACCGCCCGGUUGUUCCUCCUUCUUGGACUGUGACAGCUGCGUUCCUCAUGCUAAGUGUCUGUGGUGUUUUGCCACCAACAGCUGCUCUGAAUACCCGGUGACCUGGCUGCUGCCCCCCGCCUCGCUCUGCCCGCUGUCCCAGGCCCGCUGGGGCGUCUGCUGGGUGAACUUUGAAGCCCUGAUCAUCGCUAUGGCCGUGGUUCUGGGAACCAUCAUCAUCAGCAUCAUCAUCUGCUGCUGCUGCUGCUGCUGCAGGAGGAGGACCCGCCCAGCAGGUCCCGACAGAGACGAGGAGACGUUCUCCAGGAGGAGAGAGGAGAUCAGACAGCGUGCUGAGGAGCGGAAGGCGGAGAGAAAGACGAGAAACGAUGAGAUCAGGAGGAAAUACGGUCUGAUGGGGGACUCGGACCACCCCUACAGCAAGUUUGAGAACGAGUGAAGCAGCUGCCGCUGCUGGAUGAUGGAGUUCCUGACGUCUUCUCACUUUUAGCUCCACCUGCUGCCUUUCUUCUUCAUCCAACCCAAACCAUGAUCCAGAUGCUGCAGCCAGAACCGGACCGGACUGGACCGCUCCAGAUCCAAUCAACCAACUCCAGUGUUGAAAUGUCCAGCUUGCUUCUUUUAAUCAAAUCACUGUUUUCUGAAAUGCUGUUUGCUUUUUUAUUCAGUCCUUGCACUUUGUUCACAAAUCAGAUCCUAAAUGACAAGAAUAAAUC